CAUUGCUGUAAAACAAAAAUGUUAAAACACAAAACAUCUCUAAAAGCAGGUUAUGACUGACGUGACUUCAUAUAUGUCAUUUAAAACCUUUUUAGUUGUAUAGGUCUGAGGAAAUGUUGCUCUAAAUAGUCUGUAAAAAAACUACUGAAGUGCAUGGAAACAUUUUUCUUCACUCUAUGAGGAGCAGUUUAGUAGACAGUUUGAAUAAAAACAUGUUUUUCAGCCUGUAGCUGCUGUAUUUGAAUGUGUCAGUAGGUUCUAAAAAGAAUAGAACUGAACUCAGCAGUGAGUUCUACAAAUUAUGAUGCCACUGGUGUCAUGAGAAGGGUCAGUGUGGAUGUUUGAUGGAUUGUGGUCAUUUCACCAUUAGCACUGAGAGAGACAAACACAUAGUUAUUGAGUUAUUUGAAGGAGACAGUUCUGAAUUAAAAAAACAAACAUUCAAGCUUGAAGUUUCAUUCUCAACCUUGGAAAUCCUAAACUGAGAAGAUCUGAGACUGAAAAAUGUCAUCGUGGUCAAACACAGAUACGUCUGGUGCAUCAGUCCCGCUGACAGCACCUGAGAUCCAGGCAGGUCAAACUCUGUUUGGCAGCUCUUCUGGUUACUCCAUUCUGGAGUUUAUUGGUGAAGGCUGCUUUGGUAAAGUAGCCAAGUGCCAGAAUCUGGCAACAAACGAGAGAGUUGCUGUUAAGAUCCUCAAGAGUGACACCGAUUUUAUCCAGGACACUGAGAAAGAGGUGUCCAUGUUAGAAAUCAUCAGUGUCCUGAAUCCAGACCACAUUAACGUGGUGAAGUUCUUUGAGCGGUUUGAACACAUGGGACAGACCUGUCUAGCAUUUGAGAUGCUGGACAGGAAUCUCUAUGAGCUGCUCCAAGAACGAGACUGGAAACCACUGUCUCUGAAAGAGAUCCGACCGAUCUCAAAACAGGUGUGUAUUAUUUUGAUAUGGAACCAAUAGACCUAAUAAACAGCAGCA